AUGCCGCUAGUCCCCAAUCCCAAUAGCAAUUAUAAUCACCAUAAUGAUGAUAAUACCGAGGCAGGAGGAGGCCAGGUCAUCCAACUAUGCAAAGAGCUCGAUGUUCUCAUCUGCCUCCUCUGCCCAGUGGCUAUCAAGCCCGGUAUAGAUCAGGUCGAGCAUCACUACCGCAACCGCCACAAGACAGCCGGGAGGCAACUGCGGGAGGUCAUCGCAUUCGCCGCCUCUUUCUCCCCGUCAGGCUCGCAGCCACUGGCGCUUCGAGACCCGACCGACAAGGACAUAGAGCUGCCGGCCGAUGGGGGACCACCGAUCCCAGGGCUGGAGACAUACGCAGGUUUCAGCUGCAAGAGCUGCCGGUACCUGGCUCCGCACGCAAGGUACUGGAUCGUCAAUCCGGCCGCAGUAUGGGCCGACCGCGGCGGCGACAAUAGCAGCAGUACGGCCGAGGAGGGAGAUGGUGGCGGUGAUGGUGACACUGACGGUGACACUGUACUGCUACAGACCGUCCGGGCGUGCGAGAAGGAUCUGAAGGAGGCGGAGGUGGAACGGCAACGUCAGGUAGAGGCACCGGGCGGAGUUGACACUGAGUCGAGAUGGGUGCAGUUUAUGAAAUGGUCGGCGCACUUGCAGCAGAAGGACAAACCGAUGCUGUACCAGGCAGGACUAUCACCGGCUUCUGCCGCAGUUGAGCAGCGGAUGUGGCCCCGCGAGCGCCGUGAAGCGAACCAGAGGCUACGUGAGUUGACCGAGAGCUUCCGGCGCGAGCUUGGCCGUUGCAUGGAGAGGCUGGAUAAGGUGCCGGACGAAACGCUCGAGUGGCUCGGCAGCAUUGACCCGACUAAGCCAGUAUCGACCCCGUUCGGCCGAAAGCAGAAGUCAGAUACGAUGGAUAGGUACAGUGCGUGCUGGCAGCGGUACUUGUGCUAUUGUGUCCGGAUCCAGCCGCUUGGGCGCGACGGAGCUAAGACAGAGCACGGUAUCCGAUUUACGGAAGAGCAGUGGAAUUCUCUGGCCGAUAUCAUCCAGCGACUUGAUACUGUUGCUGACAAGAAGAACAAGCAGGGGCAGCAGCAGGUCAUGAAGGACAGCAGAGAAGGAGAUAGAGAAGAGGGAGAAGAAGAAGACCCCGAUAAGAAGGCACUUGACGAGGCCGUCUUUAACUUCUGCAUCAAGUCAAUUAAGCAGAAGCUUGGGAGGAAGCAGUAUCACAACCCGCUGCUCCACUUUACGGCCAUACUGGGUAUCAAGGAGGAUGGCACGUGGGUGCCGUCCCACACACAUACCCGGUUUCUCGCCGGCUUCUUAUGGUGCGGGCGGAUUCUAAUGCUAGAGCACUUCUUUAAGGAUGACCCG